CUAAAUUUUAAAUUAGGUGGAAGUUAAAGUUUAUUGUGACCUGUAUCCUAACAUCUCAAUAAACAACAAGUGUUCAAAAAUUUACGAAGACGAUUUAGACAAUUCACAUGUUAUUGCGUACGUGCGUAUUUCGAGGAAACGCCGAAACUUGCCUUUUUGCUAAGUUCCCCUUUUUUAAUUUCAAGCAAUUCUACUGGAAAACGACAGAAGAAAAAACUGAGGAAACCAAAAAGAAAAAAGAAAGGGACAUUUAUCCCGCAAUAUCCCACUUAUAUAAUUUCAAGUUUAAAAAUUCUAAGAAAACCUUUGCUUAUUUGUGUUUGGAUAGAGAACUUAAGAAGUGCAAUAAGAUAGAGCUUGCUAAUAAGCGUAAGCCGUGGAAAUGGUUUCAAGGCCUUUCUGCUCACAAAAGAGAUCGUCUUCUUUUUGAACAUCUACAUGGUUAUCGCAAAGGUUACAAUCAUCGAAAUGCGCCGUUAUUACCGUUGCAUUCUUAUAAUCAUAAUCCCAAGCUGGUCAAGCAUACGAAGCGUUUGUUAAAAGGAAAGUCGAGUUCGCAAGCACGCCACCUAAAAUGGUACUUUUUAAAUCGGGCAACAUUAGAAAAAGAGCAGCGAAUGAAAGAGACAAAUUUGCAAGCAUUGGAAAAAGAAAUACUCGAUCGAAAAAUAUUGACGAUUCGAUUGUUUGGACUGCACCAGGUUCCUCUCCUCCCCUCUCAAGGAAAGAAAACAAGCGUUUUGCGUAUUGAAAGUCGAUCGUUGAGUACAGCGACUGAAACGCCUUUUAUAAAAGUGAAACCUUCUGAGGUUCAACCAGCUUUGUUGUUUCCUGAAUUAAAAAAAAUCCAAGAAAAUAUGCUUAAAAAAAUAAAUAAAUCCCUUCUUACUACUUCUCAAAUGCGAAAAAUGAAGGAUCUUUAUAGCAAAGAUCCAAUAAAUUUCAGCGUACCAAAAUUAUCACGACUUUUUUCAGUAGAUGGCCGCACCGUUCGAAGGGUAAUUCAGUCACAUUUUGAACGGGAUCCACAGCAAAGCGCUAAUUAUGAUUCAAAAAUACUGGAGAUGCGGAAACAACGGAUGCAGGAAAAAAAACGAAGUCGGGAAGUUCUUUUUAAGGGGAAAAUUAUUCUUAAGCAACCAAUAUUACAACGCAACUUGCCUACAGUCAUCUUGGAUUUUUAA